AUGGGACAUCCCACUGAUGCAUGUCCUCAAUUACAAGAGGAGCAGAAUGAGCAAGCAAAUGCAAUGGGUUUCCAAGGGCAAGGUCCUCAGAGAAGUUAUGAUCCCUAUUCAAAUACAUACAAUCCAGGAUGGAGGGAUCAUCCAAAUUUGAGAUAUGGGAACUCCCAAGGGAACCAACAACAACAAAAUGCUCAAGGCCAGCAACAGUAUCAGCAAUAUAGGGCACCAUUACCCAAACCUCAAGGCCAAAGCUCAAAUUCGAAUAAUAUGUCAACUGAAGAAAUGAUUAGAUCACUAACUUCUAAUGUAUCUACUAUGCAGCAAAACAUGGUGCAAUUUCAGCAAGAAACCAAAUCCAGUAUUCAGAAUUUGGAGAAUCAAGUGAGUCAAAUCUCAAGUGCGGUGAGCAGACUUGAAGCUAAGGAUUCGGGAAAACUUCCAUCUCAAACGGAGUUGAAUCCUAAGCAACAAGCCAACGCGAUUACACUGAGGAGUGUCAAAGAGCUGAAAGAGACUGAAAUUGCAACCAAGAGGGCUGAAGACUUGAUUGGAGCUGACGAGGAGGAAGUGGAACAUGAAGCUGUUGCAAACCCUUUAACUUUUCCCUCUUAUGAACCCACACCACCUUUCCCUGAAGCGUUGAAAGAGACGAAAAGGUACGAAAAAGACAAAGAUAUCUAUGAAACAUUCAGCAAAUGUGAGGUAAACAUUCCCCUUUUGAAUUUAAUAAAAAGUGUUCCUAGAUUUGCUAAAUUUAUGAAAGAGCUUUGUACUAUAAAGAGGAAGCACAAGUUGGGAGGAAAAGAAAAAGUGAAAGUGAGUGCUCAUGUUUCUGCAGUCUUUCAGAAGAAGCUCCCUGAAAAAUGCAGUGAUCCUGGUAUGUUUACUGUCCCAGUUACAAUAGGGGACACCACAUUUCAUAGACCUAUGUUGGAUUUAGGUGCUUCAAUCAAUGUUAUUCCAUAUUCCCUUUUCAAAUCUUUAGAACUUGGGCCCUUGCAUGAAACUGGGGUAGUGAUUCAGUUAGCUGAUAGGUCCAAUGUUUACCCUAAGGGAGUAGUGGAAGAUGUGCUUGUGAAAGUUGAUGAACUAAUCUUCCUGCUGAUUUUUAUGUGCUUGAUAUGGAACAUGAUAGACAAGCAGUUCCCAUCUUGUUAG